GGCCCAGCUCCCUGGAUAUAAGGAGACCUGGGGGCUGAGCACUACCAAGGCCAGUCCUGAGCAGGCCCAACUCCAGUGCAGCCGCCCACCCUGCCGCCAUGUCUCUGACCAAGACUGAGAGGACCCUCAUUGUGUCCAUGUGGGCCAAGAUCUCCACGCAGGCCGACACCAUCGGCACCGAGACUCUGGAGAGGCUCUUCCUCAGCUACCCGCACAAAGCCUACUCCGCCGUUCGCCUUGCACCCGGGUCGCGCAGCUGCACGCGCACGGCCUCCAAGGUGGUGGCCGCCGUGGCUCGACGCAGCGAAAGAAAACAUCCGACAACAUCCGGCGCCCGCCUGUCCAAGCUGAAGCGAGCGCACGCCUACGUCCUGCGCGCUGGAACCCGUCAACUUCAAGAUGUGUCCUGGGUGCCCGGAGAGGGCCGCAGGGCGCGGGGGGGUCGUGGGCGCCGGCCCCGCCCCCAGCUGCUGUCCCACUGCCUGCUGGUCACCCUGGCCGCGCGCUUCCCCGCCGACUUCACGGCCGAGGCCCACGCCGCCUGGGACAAGUUCCUAGCGGUCGUAUCCUCUGUCCUGACCGAGAAGUACCGCUGAGCGCCGCCUCCGGGACCCCCAGGACAGGCUGCGGCCCCUCCCCUGCCCUUCACCCUCCCACAAUUCCUGCCCUGACUCCAAUAAAUGGAUGAGGACGGAG